CCCUGUUUGGCUUGGCAUGCAGCCCCGCGACACGAGCACACGCGCACAAGCUCGCUCCGAUCCUGCCUGCUGCUUCCAGCCUAGCCUAGCUAGCUAGCUAGCUAUAAAGCCACGCCAUCGGGGCGUCCAGCCGAAAGGAAGCCAAUACUAGCAGCCAACGUGCGCAAGAUCCAACAGCUGCAAACUGCUGCGCGGACGGAAUCUGCAGCUCGAGGCAUGGCGGAUUGCGGCGGCCGCCGGCGGUUCGCGGUGGCGUGCGGCGUGCUCAGCCGUUGCGUCAAGGACGAGGCCGCGGCCAGGAACAACGCGGCGGCGGCGGCGGCGCAGGCCGCGGCGGCGUGCACGAUGCUCCUGAUGCCGGGGGCCGACGUGGCGCCCGCCGCCGGGGAAGAAGAGGCGACGACCGAGGCGGCGCCGGCGGGGCAGGGGCAGCUCAAGAUCAGCUACGGCGGGCGCGUGCUGGUGUUCGACGACGUCCCGGCGGACAGGGCGGCCGAGCUGGCGCGCGCCGCCGCGUGGCGGGACUGGCCGGCCGACGCCCCGGUGGCGAGGAAGGCGUCGCUGCAGCGGUUCAUGCAGAAGAGGCGGGACAGGCUCCACGCCCGGGCGCCGUAUGCCAGGCAGGAGGCGCCGUGUGCCCUGAGGGGGAAGCACCAAGGAGACGCCGGGCACUGGCUCGGGCUGGGCAUCCCUGGAGCCGCCGCCGGCGGAGGAUGCGCGCGCUGAUGUGCGAUAUGCUGCUGGUCUCAAAUGCUUCUUCAUGCCUGCGCGAACAUUAUUGUCGUCGACCUCGUGGCAGCAAGGUCGUUGACUCAUUGACAUGUAUAUGUGUAUAAUACAAAAAUUUUAUCGUAUAUAUACGGCGAAAUUUGCCAGCUCAA